CGUAACGCCUGACAGGGUACUUGUCAAGUUUUCCUGUUUCUGUUUUGAUUAACUUGUUUUCGACAUUGGAGUAUUUGUUUUUGUGUUGCACCGGUCCACCAGCAAGCUAAUCCCAUUACAACAAAUGAUGAGCCACAUCCGCAAGCUGAGCAACCCCGCAGGAGAGCGCAACAAGGCCCCUAUUCUGGAAGUGCUACAGAAGUUCUUGGAUAAAAACCGACCGAACCAGAAGCUACUGGAAAUAUCCUCCGGCGUUGGCCUUCAUGCAGCCUAUUUCGCUUCGCACUUUCCACAAAUCCACUACCAACCGUCGGAGUACGACACAUCACUUUUCGGGAGCAUAGAAGCAUACCGAGCGGAAGCCCAGGCUCCAAAUCUCCAGUCUCCCGUACCCAUCGAUAUUUCCCAACCGUGCACCGAUUGGACCAACGAUCAUGGGAUCAAUUUUGCCAACUCCGGAGAAAGCUACGAUUACAUGCUCAAUAUCAACAUGAUGCACAUUUCGCCGUUCCAAUGCAGCGAGGGUCUGUUUUGGAACGCGUCUCGAUUGCUAAAGCAGGGUGGUUUGCUGAUUACCUACGGACCUUAUGCUGUGGACGGGAAGCUAACUCCGGAGAGCAAUGUACAAUUUGAUGCUUCGUUGAAGUACCGAAACCCCUCAUGGGGCAUUCGAGACGUACGUGAGCUGGAGAAACUGUCCAAUACGAAUGGUAUCACUUUGAAACAGAUGUUCGAUCUGCCGGCUAAUAACAAGUGCUUGAUCUGGGAAAAGGUUAAGGGGUUACAAAACUAAUAAAUAUGCUUCAUCGUGUA